UCCUUUAAUUAGUUUUCUGGCCUCUUGUUCCUCACCACAUUUGUACCAAUUCCAAUUCCUUAACGACAUGGCUAGUGAUGCUACUGCCACAGCAAUCCAUAAAAGGUUAGAAGGCAAGGUGGCGAUUAUAACUGGAGGUGCAAGUGGAAUCGGAGCAAGCACAGUUCACCUUUUCCACGAAAAUGGAGCGAAGGUUGUUAUUGCAGAUAUCCAAGACAAUCUUGGGCAUGCCCUUGCUAGUAAGCUAGGCAAAAACGUUAGUUACAUCCACUGUGAUGUGUCCAAUGAAGAAGACAUAAUCAAUCUUGUAGAUACAACCAUAUCUAGACACGGAAAGCUCGAUAUAAUGUAUAACAAUGCAGGAAUUAUGGAAAGGCCAGGAGGAACAAUUUUAGAUGCUAAAAAAUCAGACCUAGAAAAAAUUCUAGGAGUUAACCUACUCGGUGCUUUCUUGGGAGCCAAACAUGCUGCAAGGGUUAUGAUACCACAACGCAAAGGUUGUAUACUCUUUACUACAAGUGUUUGCACUUUAAUUUCUGGGUUAUCAACCAAUUCUUAUGCAAUUUCAAAACAUGGAAUUUUGGGGCUGGCAAGAAAUUUGACACCCGAGCUUGGCCAAUAUGGUAUAAGAGUAAAUUGUGUGUCACCUUAUGGUUUGGUUAGUGGCACAAGUUAUGAAAUUAAUUGUAGUGAAGAUGAAAGGCAUAGAGCAGAAAUGUAUUUGAGCGAAAUGGGUAAUCUGAAAGGGCAGAUUUUGAGAGCAGAUUGCAUAGCCGAAGCUGCUUUGUAUUUGGCUAGUGAUGAAGCAUAUUAUGUUAGUGGACUUAAUCUUGCUGUAGAUGGAGGGUUUAGUGUUGUGAAUCCUACUAUGCGUUUGAAGGCUUCAGCUUCUCCAGUGUUGAGAAAUUAGUAUAUCUUAUUUGAUCUUUUAUAUAUAUACUCUGCACUGUAAUAAGUGAACUAUAUGUGAUAUAUAGUUUCUGUUGAGCUAUUAGAAAAUACGAAAUGAUAAAGAAAUAAAGCCUAUUUCU